AUGUCUGGUCGUGGCAAAGGUGGAAAAGCUAAGGGAAAGGCGAAGUCUCGCUCUAAUCGAGCUGGCUUGCAGUUCCCUGUUGGUCGUAUUCAUAGACUACUUCGUAAAGGAAAUUACGCUGAACGUGUUGGUGCCGGAGCACCAGUAUAUCUGGCAGCCGUCAUGGAAUAUUUGGCGGCUGAAGUGUUAGAAUUGGCGGGAAAUGCUGCAAGAGAUAAUAAAAAGACCAGAAUUAUCCCUCGUCACCUUCAACUUGCUAUACGUAAUGACGAAGAAUUGAAUAAACUACUUUCGGGCGUAACCAUAGCACAAGGCGGUGUUCUACCAAAUAUUCAAGCAGUCCUAUUGCCAAAGAAAACUGAGAAGAAAGCAUAAUCAUA